CGCGCAGCGCCAGUCGCGUACGGCGCCGGCGCACUAUUUGGCAACCGGGGAAGGGAGGGCAGGAGCUCGGCCGCAUUCGGGGCCGCCUGCGCUCAUCAAACGCUGCUCAUUGAACAGACAGUGAAGCAGAGCUGGAGUGGAAAUAUUUGUUAUGCCGUAAUAUGCGUGACUUUCUAAAAUAAUACCGGGGUUGCUGAAUCCCUUCAAGUGGAAGUGUGGAUUAUCAUUCUUUCCGGCCCUGAGUGGCCUGACACAAACCGUUCUGUCCACACAACACCGAGCACCAAACCCAGACGGGCAUCGAGGGGGGCGACAUUUUUUCUGUUUAUGUGAGCGCCCCCUUUAGGUUGAACCCCUCCGUUUUACCCUUAAUUUUACUUCAUUGGAAAGAGAAAAAUUGAUCUUAUCGCCCUAGUGUGGCAGCUGGGCUGCCCCCCCACACACAGAUGAAUGAAGACCCCAUUCGGGAAGAGCACUGCCCAGAGAUCCAGAGCUGAUAACGGGCAUGCUGGUGUCUCUGCAAAUAUGAUGAAGAAAAAGAAUUCUCAUAAGAAACACAAAACCAGCGUAGGGCCCACGAAAGCCGUGGCUCAGCCCAGACGGAAUAUCGUGGGAUGUCGUAUACAACACAUCUGGAAGGAGGGCAGCGGGGCGGCGUCACAGUGGAAAGGGACCGUCUUAGACCAGGUGCCCGUCAACCCAUCGCUGUACCUCAUCAAAUACGACGGCUUUGACUGCGUCUACGGCCUGGAACUACACAAAGACGAGAGGGUGCAGGGGCUGGAGGUUCUACCUGACAGACUAGCAUCUUCGCGCAUCAGUGACGCCCACUUGGCAGACACUAUGAUCGGUAAAGCUGUGGAGCACAUGUUCGAGACGGAGGACGGCACUAAGAACGAGUGGAGAGGGAUGGUCCUUGCUCGAGCGCCCAUCAUGAACACAUGGUUUUAUAUCACGUAUGAGAAAGACCCCGUGCUUUACAUGUACCAGCUGCUGGAUGACUAUAAAGAUGGAGAUUUAAGGAUCAUGCCAGACUCUAAUGACUCGCCCCCAGCGGAGCGUGAGCCGGGUGAGGUCGUGGACAGCCUCGUCGGGAAGCAGGUGGAAUAUGCCAAAGAGGACGGCUCUAAACGAACUGGCAUGGUUAUCCAUCAGGUGGAGGCCAAACCUUCUGUCUACUUCAUCAAGUUCGACGACGACUUUCACAUUUACGUCUAUGACCUUGUGAAAACAUCGUAGGUGCGACACGCUGGUGGGCCGAGGAGAGGGGGAGGAACUUCACGUACCAUGUGCUCCACAAACUUUGCCAAAAGUUAUCUUUGAAACAUUUCUCGUAACAUCUCUUGGAAAUGGAUUGACGGACAUUUCAGUGGAACCUUGGAUUACCACUUGUCAAGUGUCUCUUAUCGUUGAACGGAUAGCAGAACUUCACAUCCCCCGACAUACACGUAGCUUAACACUCAGAGGUUUGCCUCAAGAGUGUCCCAUUCCUGUUGGUGCCAGUGCUUAUUACGAAGACGCGUUAUUUUCAUCGUAAAACCAGAGGUUUGUUUCUGUUACGUAUGACCGUUAAAACAACACCGUUCUCUGAAAAUCUGGGCUGCAGUGGGGGUUUCUGACGCAAACGUGUUACUGCGGUCACCUUGGGUUAUGCCAUCAUACAUCAUGUAAAGUACAAGGCGAAAUCGAGCUAGUUGUAGUUGUGGAAAAUUUAAAAGCCUUUGCUUUUUGGAUCAUUCAAAAGCUGCUGAAUGUCAGACGAGGGAAACGUAGGGGUCUGGGAUGUCUUAAAGCAUGCGCUGCCGUCUGCACAAGCGCCGUGAGAUGAAGGGCAGGAAGCUGGCAGUAUAAAGUAGCCUGGGGAAAUCGUCCUCUUGUCUGUAAACUAGACGGACUUGAGGAGAGCAAUCUGUCAUGUUACACAAUUCACUGUCGUUGAUGUCUUUGCAGAUGUCUUUUAUUGCGAGACUGGCGAGCGGAAGGUUUUUGGUUGCCAGAUGCGUCUCGUUUUAGCCCUCCGCCAGAGAGAUCUGCGCAAACGGGCGCUGACGUCGAUAACACUUCAAAAUUUGUGGAAGAAACCCCACCAUUGUGUAUUAUGUGGUUACAGUUUUUUGUAUUUUGUUCCCUAUUUUUAUAUAUAUGUAUCGUCACCACUCAUAAACGCUAACGCAGCUAUUAUAGUAAGCACUAAAUGUAAAGUCCGAGUAAGAUUUGAGCGCUUAUCUAGUCCCGUUGUUUGUUUUUCCUUAACAUUUCGGAACAUUUAUAAGUAAACGGUUUUAUGCUUUGGUUUUACUUCAUGGGCUUCAUUUAAUGUUUAAAAAAGGCCCACUCGUUUUAAUUUUAUUUGACAUUUUUAAAUAUAUUUGCAAGAUUUCUUAAGUAUUUGCAAUGAUAUUCUGCAGAAAAAAAGUGUUUGUUUAAUAGAACAUGAUUUCGGCUCUUACUGCAUUUUCAAGGUUCCCCAAAGUAUUUAGUGAUGAUGCAUAAAGUGUUUAAUCCUGAACAUGUAAUGUUAGAUGCAAUAACAGAAGAAGUAUUCAGGAAUUUCGUCGUAAAUCAUGGUUCACGCCAAUUGUCAUGUGACUUAUCAGCCUUUGGGAGAUUUGCUGUCUCAGAUUCUCCUUUCUGCCUGUCUGAGAGCCUAAACGUUUGUGCCUCAACAUUUUCCUCCAGCAUCUUUUUUAUGUGUAUUUUGUCUGUAAGGGGUUUACGUUUUCAUUAGACUCGAAGCCCCCCCCCUCUAAGGAAUGUUACAGUUGAAAGAAACUUGCAGCUACAUGUGUUUCUCAUUAUUAUUACUACGUUUUCUGCCUUCGGUUACCGUCUUUACGUUUUGACACUUAAGACACACAACGUUUUUCAGUUGUCCUCAGGUCACACAGAGCUUGAGACCUGCUCUCGGUGUGAUGCUGAUGAAGACAGGGGUGAUAAUUCAACUCGGGAUCAAAGGGAAAAGAAAAUGAGGCCUGUAUGUGAAAUCAUUGUUUUUUAUUGUGGCAAUAUUUUCAUCACAAUUGAGCACAUUUUUCCUCAGAUUCUCAUCAAUGUAGUGUGAGCUAAUUGUGUUACUGUAAUACAGUAUGAAAAACCUUCAAGUGCAAAUCAAAACAGAUAUGGCCAUCAUGUAUACUCGCCAGUGCUAAAAAAAGUGUGCUUCAUUGCCAUGAAAAAAAACCAUUCAUUUUUCCACGCAAAAUGCAAUUUCUUAUGAUUUUGGGUUGAAGCAUGAGCCCGUGCAUUUGUUGACCGCUUUUAUGACAUUCACCCGAUCGUUUUGUUUUGAUCUGAUGAGCUGCGUUCUCUUUUCUGUUAUAUAACAAGUUGUUUGUGAUUCUCCAAGUUUCGGCCUUGAAUUUUUAAUGCAGAUGACCGCUCGGCUUUCCAAAAACAGCACCGGCGGUCAUCAGGUUUAGUGACCUCUGCACAGAGGUAACAACUUGGGACUGUUGUUCUAUAUUUAAAAUGAAAGCUAGGUCACUGUUAAGAGGCAAACAGUAUUAGGCACCCUCACUACAUCCACAUGCACUUACCAAAUCGCCAUUGAUAGGGUCGUGUCUUAUUCAAAAUGGAAAACAGACUUGUCAAUAUGCAAAUGGUAACCUUAGAAAAGACAUAUUCAAGGAUUGGCCUUUUACAUGUACCAACUGUAGUAUUGUACUGUGUUUUGAUGUCAGGUCGACGUGGGAAAAAAAACGAAGUAGGACAAUUAGACCGUUCUUUUUGCAUGAUAAAAGUAGAGUUGUUCUUGUAUGUUAGUGUGAUGCAUGUGUUCUUGUCUUUUUUAUUUUGGCUAUUUGUUCUCUCAAUGAAAGUUUACGUUUAUUGUGUUGCUAAUUGUGACGUUUCUGUUCUGGUUUUGAAUCCAUUUAAAAAAAAACUUAAAGGUUAAACUAAGUAUUUUAUUUUCUGCUAUGCUCUUUAAGAUCAAAUGCACUGGUGUUGUGUGUGGUGUUCCUAUUGGGAUGCAAUGUACCAGUGUUAAACAGCAUUUGAGGGAUCAUAACCUUUUUUGAUACUGUUCUGCUGCAGGACUAUGUUUGUUUUUAUGAAGAGUGCCAUAUUUAACGAAGAAACAGGCCUUACGUGAGCGGGACAGAAGGAAAACCGAAUUUAUAUGUCGAGCGAGCCAACGUGUGCAUGUUUGAAACGGAACAUAUCGAACUCAACCUUGUAGGUAUAGAUGUAGAGGAAAUAUCAGAUGUUCCUCUAUAAAUGCACAGUAUAACUACGUGGAGAGAAUCGAACGUAUGGUCCCUUUAAGAUGCUGUUGCUCCUCAAAUACUUUGUAUAAAAAAAGUCCGAAAAGAAUUCAAAAGAAAAAGUGCAAUUUGAUUAUUGCAGAUACAUGUAUAGUUCAAUUUUACUGUUCUUUCAUGCAUAGGUAACCGGCUUCUAUUGGACCUGAUCUGUUUUUGUCCUUUUUUAACAUGUAGAUAGUUCAUUUUAUUUUCAUUUAAAUAUAAACACAGUUAAAAACCUGUUACUUAAUUCAUUAAGUAAUUUUUAUAAUUAUUAUGUAAGUUUAUCCUUAUAAGAUUAAAAAAAUUAAUGUGAA